AAUUCUUCCUUUAAAUUGUCAGAAACCAGAGCUGCAAACCAUGCACUUUCUGACAUCCCUGCUCCCGGACACCGCCAGGCGUUUGAUCCGAGCUGGGCGAUUGCGGACAGCGGUGACCUCGGCAAUUUCUCAAGGUUUCAAACAAGCCAACCUUGUGAUCGUGAACAAGCAGUACGCCAAUGAUUUUGAGAGGUUCUGCAUGGCCAAUAAUGGAGCACUCCCCCUGCUGUACAGGAGCAAACCCGGGGAAUGGGGAGCUCCACCACUCAGCUCCAACUCCGACGUAAGGACUGAUUGUCUACAGUACAGGAAGUAUGAGGAGGGAACCUUCACUGGCAAUUUGAAGAGCCUCAUGGACUACACUGAGCAGAUGAAGGAGAUGGUUACCUUCUAUGUGGGAUGCAGCUAUUCCUUUGAGAGGGCAAUAUUGGAGGCCGGUGUUCCAAUCCGUAACGUUGAACAAGGGCGCAAUGUCAGCAUGUACAAGACAAACAUAGCGUGCACCAGAGUCGGUGGCUUCCAGUGUAACAUGGUGGUCUCAAUGCGACCCAUUCCUGUUGAGAAGCUCGACGCAAUUGUGCAAAUAACUCAUCCCGUGGAGGAUGCACAUGGUGCACCUAUACACAUUGGCCAUCCAGGGUUGAUUGGGAUUGACGAUUUGUCUACGCCAGACUUUGGGGAUGCGGUUGAUGCUCACCCUGGCGAUGUCCCCGUCUUCUGGGGCUGCGGAGUCACCGGAGCAGAGGCUGUCUGCAGCAUCAAAUCCCCCCUGGCAUUCACCCAUGCUCCCGGCUGCAUGUUCCUUACUGACCUGAGGAGUGAGGAGAAGCUGGCUGAUGGUUGUGUCAGCAGCGUUGAGACCCCUCAGGUGUUCUGCAUUUCUCAGAACCCACCCCAUUACAGUGUGGCCUCGCGCUCUGCUGUGGAGAAAAUUACGACGCUGGAUAGACUGAUUCAGCAAGAUCCAAAUGAUCGAGGGAUCGAGCAUCUGCUGAUCGAAGACCAGCUGCUGAAAGUAUGCCUCUCACUGUCUCAUGCAAAGUCUGUGCUGAUAACCACUGGCUUUCCAACCCACUUCAACCACCAGCCCCCAGAGGAGACAGAUGGUCCUCCAGGAGCCAUUGCCAUGGCAGCCAUGCUGCAGGCCCUGAAGAAAAGCAUUGCCAUAGUAACGGAUCAAAGAGCCUUGGAAUUAAACAAGAAGAUCGUUGAAGAGGCUGUCGAACAAGGACUAAUGAAAGCUGCUGUGCCUGUUGUCAGCUACCAAGAUGUUGGCGAGGAUUCACCCCUGCUGUUCCUAUGCCAUGAAGGCAAGCCGCAGUUUCCAAGGUUUGACCACCUUGUAGCCAUAGAGCGAGCGGGAAUGGCUGCAGAUGGCAAUUACUACAACGCACGGCAAGUGAACAUCAAGCAUUUGGUGGAUCCUAUUGACAAACUGUUCUUGGCAGCAGAAAACAUCCCUGGAAUCGUCACAACCGGCAUCGGUGAUGGAGGGAAUGAACUGGGAAUGGGUAAGGUGAAAGAGGCCGUCAAAAAGUACAUUCACAAUGGGGACCUGAUAGCUUGUGACGUCAGUGCGGACUUUACAGUUGUUGCAGGUGUGUCAAACUGGGCUGGCUACGCAGUGGCCUGUGGGCUACACAUCCUCAACAACUGUGCCAUCCACGAACGUUACCUACGCAAAGCGACCGGGUUUCCCGAGGCAUCGGAAACAGACAGAUACAGAUCAGCACUACCUACCGUCCUCAAGGAAGAAAAAAUGCUGUCGUUGCUGGUGAAACAUGGAAUUCGAAGUGGGAAAACUGGGAAUCUGGGAAUGGAAGUGGACGGCUUGCUGUUCCACGAUGUGCAUGCACCUUUGAUCAAACGGUUGCUGGAUGUCACUCUCGGGCAAGCCCAAUGAAAUUAGCAAGAAAGCAAUCAUUCGUACAGAAUUUCCUAUCUUCCUAGUCAGCCUCAGACAGUGAGUUCUCGCCAAUCAACUGAUUGAUGUAAUGUUGAAAACUAGAUUUUAAUGCAUUGAUUCCUUCGACGUGUUAUAUUUGUGUGCCAGUGUUACGGCACUGUUUUUCUCACCAAUGGAAGAAUGUUUUCCUCCCUGUCGGGUGGUUUUUGUUUAUGUCAAUUAUUCACUGACUUUUCCUUCGGUAAUUGUUCUCAUUAUUGGUUGGACGUCCACUCUGCAUCACCGUACCAGCAUUUUGAAUAAAAAUGUGAUUGG